GCGGAAUUCUUACGUAUAUACCGGCUAUCGUGCGUGGACUGCAAACUGGAAGAGUCACCGCGUUGUCUUUUGUGGUGGUUUGUCUCUCUCCCCGUGGAACGCUUACACAAGACUGCCCAAUCCAUGUUGCGCUAUCAGCUGGAAGAACGUGUCACUAAUCUCAAUCAGCGUUUGGCCGCCACAUCGGCUUCCGAUUCUCAGGCUGUUAUAUUUCAUAGCAUUGACGCGGCAGUGACACUGUUCCUGGUGGACAGAAUGCCCAUGCAGUGGCGUGAAUCCAACGCGGAGCGACUCGCUCAACUCACGUCAAACGCUAUUCUAAAACAGCAGACAUUGAUGAAUUCGGCUUUGGCGUUCCCAUGUGCUUCUUGGCUCUCGUGUGCUAUACGGCGCCCAAUCUGCACACUAAUUGGUCAUCUAUCCACGUGGAAUCCGCAUUUGACCCGGUUCAGCCUUAACAACCCCGGCACGAAUUCAUCCUCUCAAAUGCUUCAGGUUAGUUAA